AACAUCACCACCUUUGACAUCAUUUAUCGGAUAAGAAGCACACCAAGAACCCACCUCACCCCGAACUACACCACCACCUCACCACCAACCACCAUGUCAGACCCCACCUUCAAAAUCGAGACCCCCCGUCUCCUCAUCUCCUACCUCCAGCCGGACCUCGACUCGCACUGCGACUUCCUCGUCGCCCUCUAUAACACCCCCGAGUUUAUUGCCAACAACGGAAAGACAUCUGUUACCACCCGUGACAUCGCCCGCCGUCAACUCGAGGGCCGCUUCCGCGCCGAACAUGCCCGCAAUGGCUACGGCACCUACCUCUUCUCUCUCCGCAACCCUGCGAACCCAGACGAUCUGGCCUCCGCCACGCCAAUCGGUACGGUGUCGCUGAUGCGUGGGGAUGAGCCCGGAUCUUAUACCGCGCCGGAUCUGGGGUUUGCCAUUCUGUCGGAGUACAUGAAGAAGGGGUUCACGAAAGAGGCGGCGCAGGGACUGAUGGAGUAUGUCGAGAGGGUGCAAGGGGUGAAGGAUAUUCUAGGACUUCAUGACCCGGCGAAUAAGGCCAGCGGUGCGGUCUUCAGGAGCUUGGGAUUUGUCGAUGUGGGCUUGAGGCAACUGUUGGUUUUUGGACCGGACGUAGUUGGGCAGGUGUGGAUCAAGAAGGGAAUGAGUGAGGAUGUUAGUGUUUAUGGGUUGCCCAAGGAGGCACCGGCCACCGUGGAGAUGCCGGAAAAGAUUGUGGAGGAUGGGGUGACGGAGUCCGUAGGGGCUGUAGCGGUUUAAGAUUCCACUUGGCUUGCUGGUCUAGAAUGGUAUAAACGUAAACUCUUUUCCCUGCGUAC